AUGGAGUCGCCACUGAUGGUGCUGAUGCUGACGAUGACCCUGACCUCAGCUGUGGAGCUCGGUGUCCUGAGAGAAGCUAUGGCUUAUCUAAAGCAAUAUGGAUAUCUCCACACAACACUUUUGAACUCCGAAUCAACCAGGCAGCAGCUGGAGGAGCUGAGUGAAUCUUUGAGGACUUUUCAAAGGGUCACUGAGCUGCCAAUCACAGGCAGAUUGGAUCAGGCUACUCUGGCAAUGAUGCGGCAGCCCCGCUGUGGUGUACAGGACGCUUUCAACAACAGGACCCUUAAAUAUCGCCUUUUGGGCCACUGGAAGAAGAAGAGGCUUACCUAUCGAAUCUACAACUACGCACCCAACAUGAGCGGAGCCAAAACCCGCGCUGCCAUCCAGAGGGCCUUCCGCUACUGGAGCGAUGUCUCACCGCUGACGUUUCAGGAAGUGACACAAGGACCGGCAGACAUUAAAAUCUCCUUCCACAAGAGGGUCAGCACAUGCCCAGUACCCUUUGAUGGACCAGGAGGUGUCCUGGCACAUGCCGAUGCUCCAGAGUCAGGGCUGGUACACUUUGACGUGUCAGAGCACUGGACUGAGGGGACAUCGCGUGGUGCUAACCUCCGCAUUGUGGCAGCUCAUGAGAUAGGCCAUGCCCUUGGGCUCGGUCAUUCUCAGCACCUCAGAGCUCUCAUGGCACCUGUGUACACUGGCUACAAGGAGGACUUUAAGCUGCAUCCUGAUGACGUUCUUGGCAUCCAAGUUCUAUAUGGUAAACCCAACUCGAAUCCAAGAGAGCCUUCCCCAUCUAAGCCAGCCUCCAGCUCUCCCAACCCCUGCAAGGCUGCUCUAGAUGCCAUCAUGCUAGGGCCUUAUGGUAAAACAUAUGCGUUCAGUGGACAGCAUGUGUGGACAGUUACUGACACUGGUUACACUGCACCCAUUCGCAUCAGUUCUCUGUGGAAAGACCUACCUGGAGAUCUCUCUGCAGCCGUUCAUUCUUCCAGGACCAACAAAUCUUACUUCCUAAAAGGAGGAAAAGUCUGGAGGUACACAGGGUUCCGGCUUGACAGAGGGUUUCCUAGACAACUGACUGGCAUUCCCUCUGAUGUUGAUUGUGCUUUCUACCUCAACAUAAAUAAGAGACUGGUGUUUAUUAAGGGAUCAGAGUACUGGCAGUGGGAUGAGUUUGGGUCUGUUGACCUCAAGUCGUACCCCAAGGCUCUGUCACAUCUUGUCAAAGGCCUUCCUUCCCAUCCCGAUGCUGGCCUCACCUGGACUAAUGGUCACAUGUACGUGUUCAAGGAGGAUAAGUACUGGCGUGUGAACCCUCGGCUCACCAUAGACAAGGGCUAUCCUCUGAGCAAAAAAGAGCGCUGGAUGAGGUGUUCCAACUAAGUGUCAAGAAGCCAAGGGAUUUCAGAAGUACACAAACUUACAAACAAAACACAGAGAAAUGGCCAAUGUUUGUUGCUCUUUCCUCUUCCAGACAGUGCUGUCCAUCAAAAAAGAAAAAAAAAAAAAGA